AUGUCGUACCCUGCACUUGAGGGCCUUUAUUCGGUACACGAUGAACUCGGAUCAGGAGGCUUCGGUAAGGUCAAGCUAGCAACACAUUUACUAACUGGUCUCAAAGUUGCCAUUAAAAUUAUUGACAAAAAGGCGAUCGGUUACUGCAGUGGAGGCGAAAUGUUCGACUACAUUGUCCGGAAGGAGCGCCUUGAAGAAUCUGAAGCUCGCCAUUUCUUCCGUCAGCUUGUACAGGCUAUGGCAUAUGUGCACUCAAUGGGUUACGCGCACAGAGACCUUAAACCGUACUGCAGUGGAGGCGAAAUGUUCGACUACAUUGUCCGGAAGGAGCGCCUUGAAGAAUCUGAAGCUCGCCAUUUCUUCCGUCAGCUUGUACAGGCUAUGGCAUAUGUGCACUCAAUGGGUUACGCGCACAGAGACCUUAAACCGGAGAACCUGCUUUUGACUGAAGAUUUGCAUCUUAAAGUGAUUGAUUUUGGUUUAUGCGCAAAGCCAUGCUCUUUGUCACGACCACUUGACACUUGCUGUGGUUCUCCUGCUUAUGCUGCUCCUGAACUUAUCGCGGGUAAGGCAUAUCUGGGUAAUGAAGCAGAUAUCUGGUCUAUGGGUGUGCUGCUUUAUGCCCUCCUUUGCGGCUCUUUGCCGUUUGAAGACGAGUCUAUGCAACUUCUUUACCGCAAAAUAGCGAGAGGAAAUUAUGCUGAACCGGAGUGGUUGAGUCCGAGCAGUCGAGCGUUGUUACGCAGUGAAUCCUCAACACCGUAUAACAGUCAAACAGCUGCUAGAUCAUCCAUGGAUCAAUUACAAGUACAGCCAAAAACUCAAAUGGACCAGCAUAUACGACGAAUGGAAAUUCGACUAUCUGACUGCGACAUACUAUCUUACUCUUGCACAGAAGGGCGCCAAAAGGAGAUCGCUCUCCCUUCCUUGCCUAGAGCAAAGCCUGGAGAGUCACAAGUAGUGGCGUCUCCGACAAUACAUGCCUCGUUGGAGCAUAACCUCGACUUGUCUGGUCUCGACGACCAGAUCCCUGACCGUAGACUUUUCUCCAAAAAGCUUUCCGAUCUGGCAGCAGUAUUAGUGAGCAGUACGAACCCCUUUGGAGACAUAACGAUCGUGAGCGAGGCAGAGACAAAGAACGGGAGAAGGCGCCGUGCAGGGGAGCUUGACAAGUCCUCCUAUAUCAACGCCAUCUUGAACACGCCCACUAUAUGCACCGGACGAUCUCCCCAGCAGAGGUUAUACGAUUCUCCAGCAGCAAAUGGUUCAACGCCAUACAGGCCUGUACAGAAGACGUCCAUACGUGCAAAGCCAAGUGUUAAGUAUGAAGCCAGUAGUGAAAAGGAGAAUUACAAAACUGGAGCUGCAAGUGUUCGUGUUCGUGGACCGGAAAAAUUAAAAUUAUUGCGCGGUACACGACCAAGAAGUAUAUACACAACUCCGCAAAGGCCUGCAUUGAAAGGCCUGUUCAGCCCGGCUGGAUCACGACAGAGAGCUCGCUCGACAGAACGAAGUGGUGCAGAAUCACCUGCUUAUUCUGGUGGUAACGCACCGACCGACUCAACUCGGCAUCCGAGGUCGACCACGAAGACACCGAGACUCAAACAACGGGUGUUCGCGUCGUUGGAGCGUAAAGCGGAUCGUGUAAUCAAUCUACUUACACCUCGGAAGCUGAGGACUGACUCACCACAAGUAUUGAAAACCGUGGAGGGAAUGAUUAAUGUCUCGGUAACGAACUCAACAGAUCCGGAAAGAGUAAAACAGGAGCUCGUCAAAGUAUUUGAACAACAGACAAUCAAAUACGAAGUUAAUGGAUGGAAAAUAUCUGGAAAACAAAAGGAUAAAGCUGGCCAUUCGCUCACGGUUGAAUUGGAGGUGGUUGUUGUAGAGAAUAUGGGGAAGAUUGGAAUCCGAAGGAAGCGGUUAUGUGGUGACGCCUUCUUAUAUAAGAAGGUAUGCGAGCAGAUCUUAAGAAUGGCAGCUCUAGACGCCGACUGA